CUGGAUCUAGCUGCUACCAGGUGUCACAUUUAUAGCAUCUGACUCACUGACAAAGAACAAGAUGAAUAAAUACAGGAAGCAGAUAGCAGAGCAGUUCCUUAGUCAGGCCCUGGGCAUCAUCUGCCUGCUGACCGGAGAGGAAUACACCAUUUUGAAGAAGAGGCCCUCCCACAGCAGCAUACAACAGCUGAGCGGAGAGGUGCCUAUAAAGUGUGAUGAUGUUGCUGUGUAUUUCUCUAUGGAGGAGUGGGAGUAUAUAGAGGGACACAAGGAGCUUUACAAGGACGUCAUGAUGGAGACUCACCAAGCACUAAGGACUAUGGAGAUCCCAGGAAAUGAGAGCUCAGACCUAACAGGUCACAGUGAUGAAAAUCUAGACACAGGAUCACAAGGAGACCUACAGAAUAUUCAGCCAUCAGAUGUCUCUGCAAGUGACAUUAAUACUGAUGUAAAUGUUAAAACAGAAGAUCUGAGUGUAUUGUGUGAGCUGGAAACUCCAAUGCAGGAAAUGUGUGACAGUGACAAUGCAGAUGAAAACGAUGCUAAAAGUUUAUGUAACACAGAACAAACAGAAGAUCAGGGGCUAAGUAAUAUGCCAGAAGCUGCAAAGCAGGAAAUAUGUGACAAUAUAAGUACAGAUGAAAAAGAUGCUAAGAUUUCAUGUAACACAGAAGAUCAGUGGCUAAGAAAUAUAACAGAAGCUGCAGAGCAGGAAAUAUGUGACAAUAUAAAUGCAGGUGAAAACGAUGCUAAGAUUUCAUGUAACAUGGGACAAACAGAAGAUCAGUGGCUAAGAAAUGUCCAACCAUCAGAGCAGGAAAUUUGUGCCAAUAUAAGUACAGAUGAAUUCACAAACUGCAAUAAUCCUAGCCAUGAUCAGAGUGCAGAUGUGUCUUUACAUCUUCAAAAUCAAAGAAGCCACGUGGGAAAUUUAUGUUCUGAAUGUGGGAAAUGUUUUCUUAAGAAAUCACAUCUUCUUAAACAUCUAAAAAUUUGUACAGGAGAAAAGCCAAUUUCCUGUCCUAUAUGUGGGAAAUGUUUUAACUGUAAAAACAUUCUUAUUGCUCAUCAGAAAAUUCAUACAGGAGAAAAAGAAUUUUCAUGUUCUGUUUGUGGGAAAUGCUUUACUCAAAAAUCAAAUCUUAUUUGUCAUCAGAAAAUUCAUACAGGGGAGAAAGGAUUUUCAUGUCCUGACUAUAGGAAAUGUUUUACUCUGAAAUCAAACCUCAUUACACAUCAGAAAAUUCAUACAGGGGCAAAAGGAUUUUCAUGUUCUGACUGUGGGAAAUGUUUUAAUCGGAAAUCAGAUCUUCUUGGCCAUCAGAAAACUCAUACAGGUGAAAAAGCAUUUUCGUGUUCUGACUGUGGGAAAUGUUUUACUUUGAAAUCAACUCUUCUUAUGCAUCAAAAAAAUCAUACAGGGGUGAAAGGAUUUUCAUGUUCUGACUGUGGGAAAUGUUUUACUUGGAAAUCAUAUCUUAUUAGACAUCAAAAAAUUCAUACAGGGGAAAAAGGAUUUCCAUGUUCUGACUGUGGAAAAUGUUUUAUUCUGAAAUCACAUCUUAUUAGGCAUCAGAAAAUUCAUACAAGGGUGAAAGAAUUUUCAUGUUCUGACUGUGGGAAAUGUUUUACUUGUAAAUCAUAUCUUAUUAGGCAUCAAAAAAUUCAUACAGGGGAAAAAGGAUUUCCAUGUUCUGACUGUGGGAAAUGUUUUACUUGGAAAUCAUAUCUUAUUAGGCAUCAGAAAAUUCAUACAGGGGAGAAAGCAUUUUCAUGUUCUGACUGUGGGAAAUGUUUUACUCUGAAAUCACAUCUGAAUAGGCAUCAGAAAACUCAUAUUAAAACUAAUCAGAGUUUAGCCUCCUAAGUGCAGAGGAAUAUUAUGGCAGUUGUCACCCACACAAUACCAAGUCCUUAUAAUGAUUGCAUGUGACCCCCUGGGCAUGCAGUUUUGGAGCUGUUUGAGGUCCCUUCUGCACCUCAAGCAUUUGAGGUGACCCCAGGGUGGAUUUGAUUUAAAAAUUAUGAUUUAAAUCACUAGUCCGUAAUACCGAUUUAAAUUAUGGUUUUCAUUUUUAGAACAAGUUUUCAGAUUAUUUUUUUAUAGUUAUACCAGACUAUUACUAAAUUGGUUAUAUAUCAUUAGAUAUGCAUAGAUAGAUAUUUGAAAUGAAUGAAAUUAUUUGGAGGUGAAUUAUCUCCAGUUUAAUUGGCUAAUUAUUCACAUUUUAUCAACUUUUCACCUGUAUUUUAUUGGAAGGAGACAAAUUAUUACAUUAAUAAUAACAAAAUAAAUCGUUUUAUUUUACUAAAACAACAUUAUUUUUCAUUUUUAAUGUUUGCCCCUCCCUCCUCUUCUUAAAACUUAGUAUGGGUUGAUUCUGUGUACAUAGAUUUGCAGGGGAGCAAUGGCAUUAAUGGAAAGUAAAGUCAAAAUUAAAGUUUCAUGAUUCAGAAAGAACAUGAAUUUUUUUAAAAAAAAAAUCAAUUGACUUCUCUUAUCUACUUUGCUUUAUUCUUUAGGUAUCCAUUGUUAAAAAGCCUGCAUAGGUAGGCUCACUAAGAUGCAAUGCACUACUGUGAGCUAGCUGCUUGUCACAGUCUCACCCAUUGUAUUCAGAUAGUCCCCAGUAGAGCAUUGCUUUCCUUCAACAAUGGAUUCCAAGAGAAUGAAGCAAACAUCAUAAUAUAAGUAAAUCUAAAAAUGUUAUAUUCUAUCUAAAACCCAAAAGUUAUCUUUCAUGAUUAUGUCCCUUUAAGGUCUAUUUAUCAACUCUAUAUGUUCAUUUUUUAGAACAUUUUGCUGUGCCUGUUUUUCUGCAGACACAAAUUCACAGUUUUGAGAACUACAAAAUGAAUCAUAUGUGAUAACAUCAUUAAGAUUGAAAAAUUGUCCAAAAUAAUCUGACAGAAACCUUUUGGAGAGCAUGAUAUUGUGAAUAGAUUAAUGGAAUUAAUAAAUAAAUAAAAAAUACAGUAAUGAAUAAA